AUGGGGGGUGCGAUCAACAGUGUGGCAUUUCCCGCGCCUCAGAUGAGCAGGCGCUACUAUCAGGACGAACUGCAGAAAAGGUCUGACAUGAAGACUUUGGUCACCUCUGCCGGUGAGUCCAUCCCAGCCCUCUUUGUGCGGGCGCAACGUUCCAUGAACUUCCUGUCCACACCUCCGCCUACGAUCCUCUAUAGUCAUGGCAAUGCUGAGGAUCUGGGGUUGGUCUUGGACUAUGUCGAUGCCUUGGCACACUUUACAGGCUCUGAUGUUUUGAGCUAUGAGUACGUGGGCUACUCACUAUCCAAGCACGUGGGUCACACUCCGUCCGAGGCCGGUUGCAUUCGCAGCAUCGAUGCGGCAUGGCGCUACUUGACCGAGCAAGAAAAGAUUCACCCCCGCCGGAUCGUGAUAUUUGGUCGAUCCAUUGGCUCUGGACCCAGCGUAGAUUUGGCCUCCAGAAGCAAGGUGGAGGGAUCUGAGCAUUCCCCUUUGGAUGUGGCGGGUGUCAUUUUGCAGUCGCCGCUGGAGAGUGCGAAAUGGGUGCUAGGCAGUACGGUGGCUUGGCUUGGCUACUCCUUGGACAUCUUCAGAAACUACGAAAAGAUUGACAAGAUCACAGCUCCCGUGGCAAUCAUGCACGGAACUUCGGAUGAAGUUGUUCCCUAUGCCAAUGGACAGGAGCUUCUGGAGCAGUCCGACUCCGAAGCUGAACGCAGCUCUGCAUCCGGGCGCCGCGUCUGGCGCGUUGCGGUGCUGCUUGGGGGCCUGGCCCUGGUGGCAGCGGCCGUUUGGUCAGUGGGACGCAGCAAAGUUCGAAGCGGCUCCAGAGGUGUGGUGGCCUUAGAAGAAAUCAGCUGCUUCGAGAGUGGUAUGUUCUAUGCCGAUCCCAUCAAGAUGGAUGGCACGGAGAGGACGGUUGAGUUCAGCGCAGACGCUUGCCAACAGCGUUGCCAAGUGAUGGAGGACUGUGCGCAUUUCACCUUUUGGCCGGAUGGCGGUUGCCUCCUCACCGGUGACAUCUCCUACCCCAAGGCAGCACCAGCGAAGUAUGCUGCCACCCUUAGCGGCCCGAAGUUUUGUGGUGCCGGGGACGACGACGACGAUGGCGAGGAUGAUGUCGUCACCCCCGAUGCCGACAGCUCCGGCAGCUCCGGGCUGGUGUCACCAGGAAGUUCUGGGCUCGUAGCAGCACCAGAGUCACCAGAGCCAGCUGCGCCAGCUGCUCUGCCCACUUUGCCCCCUGUGCCUGCUGUGCCGGCUGUGCCAGCAGCAAGUACUUGGGGAACUGUUGCUGAAUCGAAACCAGCAAUCGCUGCAGUUGCUGGAGUCAAUGGCACCACCUGCAGCCUUUAUCCGGCCUGUGUGGCUGCUGGGAUCAAGGAGGGCGACUGCUGCCCAAAUGCUGACCAGGUGACCCUGGGUUGCUGCAAUGGCUUCCCAAAGCAAGUUGAGGAGGUGAAGAUCAUGGAGGGCACAGAAUGCAGCCUCUUUCCCGCCUGCGUGGCUUGGGCUGCUGCGAAAGCAUCUAAGGCGGUGGCAUCAAAUGGAGACUCGCUGCGAAGUCGGCAGCUCUGGUUGGAGGGCUAUGGUCACAACAACAUGCCUCAGGAUGAGUGUUUCGACUACGUGAAGGAAUUCAUCCGUUCUGUGGGCGAAAGCAAAGAGAAGACGGUGCCUACGGCACAAUGA